GUGCUCUUCACAGGCUUUGAACCUAUGCAAGUUCAACAGUACAUUAAGAAGCUGUAUAUCCUUGGAGGUGAAGUAGCAGAAUCUGCCCAGAAAUGUACCCAUCUAAUUGCUAGUAAAGUGACCCGAACUGUCAAGUUCCUGACAGCAAUUUCUGUAGUCAAGCACAUAGUUACCCCGGAGUGGUUAGAAGAGUGUUUCAAGUGCCAGAAGUUUGUUGAUGAGCAGAACUUUGUGCUCAGAGAUGCUGAAGCUGAGGUGCUGUUCUGCUUUAGUUUAGAGGAAUCUCUAAAGAGAGCACAAGUAGCUCCACUGUUCAAGGGAAAGUAUUUUUACAUUACACCUGGAAUUUGUCCCAGUCUUUCUACCAUGAAAGCAAUUGUGGAAUGUGCAGGAGGAAAAGUAUUAUCUAAGCAACCUUCUUUUCGAAAACUCAUGGAGCAUAAGCAGAAUAAAAGUUUGCCGGAGAUAAUCUUGAUUUCCUGUGAAAAUGACCUUCAUUUAUGUCGAGAAUAUUUUGCAAGAGGCAUAGAUGUCCACAAUGCUGAGUUUGUCCUGACUGGUGUGCUUACUCAAACACUGGAUUAUGAAUCAUAUAAAUUUACUUGAUGGGUAGAUGCCUUACUGCUUCGGAAUCCUUGGAGCAUUAAAUCUAGCUGUUCAGCCAUUGUACAAAGCAACUAAAACUUCCUGUGGAUGCUGUUUUCCAGCUGUUUUCCUCGGGAUGAUGAGCAGUUUAAAGCAGGAAAGCAAAAAUAAAACUGCAUCUUUUUUAGGAUGUGUAAUUUUAUUAUGCUGAAACAUAAUUUACUAUGUUUUGUAUUAUACUACCAUUUUAAAGGAGCCCACUUUAGGUAUCAUGGUUAGCCUGUUUUUAAACAUUUUAACGUAAAUGAUGGUACUUGAGCCAAAAGUAUAAUUUGGAUGUAAAAAUAAAAGGGCUUGCUAUCUAUUAAAUUAUGGAUGUUGAAGAUGAAAAUGUUUUGUACUUUAUUUUUAUUUCUUAUACUCUAUUUUCUUUUAUAUUGAUAUUUUGCCCACAUUUUAAAUAAAUGUACUUUUAAAUGUUUUA